AUGAGACUAAACGAAAAAUGUAAAAUCAAGUGUCGGUUACCACCACCGCCACCGCCUUUAUUUACGUUACGACCACCACCAUUACCAGAAAUGAAUGAUCUUUAUAUAACUCUUAAAAAUAACGGUUAUUGUCAAGUUUUUAAAAGUCCCCACUAUCAUAAUGAACAUUUAUCAUCUACAACCACGUCCAAACAACGCUCAUCAUUGCUAACAAUUUCACUAGGCAUACUACUUGGCUUAGUUUUAACAUUGGGAACUAUUCUUAUUAUAAAAAGUCGAUUGAUGAGACGAGAAAGGAAAAACAAUCGUAAACAUUAUACAACAGAAAUGAUAGAUUGUGUUAGUCAACAUUUAACAAAAUUCCUUACUGAUAGUUGCAGUAGUAGUGAACAAACAACAUCACUUACUACUCCCGAUUAUCAUCCGUCUGAUCCGUUAAUUGAGAAUAAUCAUAAAAACUGCCAAUUAAUUACAAAUAAUGGUGAUCAUCAUGAAUAUGAACAAAUCAAUGAUGAACAGUCAUUUCAUUAUAUUAUCUAUUGUGAACAAUGUAUAAAGUAUCUCAACAAUACAAAUGAUUUUCAAUCAUAUUAUUUACCGUUAAAUUGUUCAUGUACGACGACAGAUAAAUCGGUAAUUUUUCACCGAUCAUCCGUUCGCUAUAAUAAUAAAAAACUGGUAAAUAAUACAUGUCACCCUACAUACGAUCAACAGCAAAGUGACAGUAGUCAAUUAUAUAAUGACGAAAUGUCAAGGAUGUUGAAUCAUCAUAAAUCAUCCGUAUUAAAUGAUCAUAUUUAUGAUGAACAAACAAACGACGGUUUUAGCAAUUGUUCAACAUGUUAUGUUUGUACAACUAAGCGUCGUAUAUCAUCAUCAUCAAUAAAUGGACAAUUGAACUUUACAAAUAGCUCAAAUAUAAUAAAACAGGAACGUAUUUAA